CCUCAUUACCUUGCAUCCACCCAAGCCCUUAGAACAGCUCUGGGCACAUGGCAAGCGCUUAACAAAUGCCAUCCUAAAUAUUACCGUUAUUAUUCAGGCCGCAACUGGGAAGGAAGGAGGGAGCGGGGAAAGGAGCUCAGGGGUCCCGGGGCCUUCCGGGGUCAGGUUGGCCCACCUCCCGUCCCGUCCCCCCGGAUCUCCCCCAGCAUGUGCUCCCAGGCCUCGACGAGGCCUAUGCGGCGCGUGGCGGUGUGCGGGGGGACCCACGGCAACGAGCUGAGCGGGGUGACCCUGGCCCGGCUCUGGCUGCGGGAUCCCGCCGAGCUGCGGCGCCAGACCUUCGCGGCCACCGCCCUGCUGGCCAACCCGAGGGCCACCCGCCAUGCCCGCCGCUACCUGGACCAAGAUCUCAACCGCAGCUUCACCGCAGAAGUCUUAGCCUCCCCGCCCGCGGAGGAUGACCCGUACGAGGUGACCCGGGCCCGGGAGAUCAACCGGUUGUUCGGCCCCAAGGGCUCGGCCGAGGCUUUCGACUUCCUGUUGGACAUGCACAACACGACGGCCAACAUGGGCUCCUGCCUCAUCGCCAAUUCUGCCCACAACACGUUCGUCAUGCAUCUGUGCCGCCACAUCCAGGUGUCCCGGGACGAGCCGGCGUGCCCCAUCUACCUCUUCUUACUGCCUGGAGAGCAAGACUACGCCCUCACCUCUGUGGGCAAAAACGGCUUGGGUCUGGAGCUGGGGCCUCAGCCCCAUGGAGUGGUCCGCGCUGACCUGCUGUUUCGAAUGAGGGCCCUGGUCUCCUGCGUCCUGGACUUCAUCGACCUCUUCAACCAGGGCACGGAAUUCCCGGCCGCCGACAUUGAAGUGUAUCAGUCCCUGGACCGUGUCGACUACCCCCGAGGGCCCGAAGGCUUCCUGGAGGCUGCGGUGCACCCAACCCUGCAGGACCGUGACUUCCUACCGCUGCGACCUGGGGCGCCGGUGUUCCAGACCUUUGGCGGAGAGGAGAUCGUGUACGAGGGCGCCGGCACGGUCUACCCGGCCUUCAUCAACGAGGCGGCUUACUAUGAGAAGGGCAUCGCCUUCAGCAUGACCGAGAAGAGGACCAUCUCGCUUCCUGCCCUGCGGGUCUCGGGGGACUGAUUCCCUGACCCCAGACCUUUCAUUCAUUCAUUCAAUUGUAUUGAUUGAGCACUUACUGUGUGCGGAGCACUGUACCA